UUGUGCAAACAUUCUAGAACAAUUUGAGGCAUUAAAGUGCUGUAAUGGCCGGCCGCCACCGCCCCAAAAGCCGAUAAACCGCCUGACCCCGCCACGCUCAUCAGAUGAGACCGGAGAAUCAAGAGAUUGGUUGCGUCGUGGAGUGGCGUCUUCAAUUAAAUAUCGAAGCGGGACAACGACGACUUAGCUCGGCAAUCUCAACGAGCCUGGCCUAUGUGCGGAGUAGACAACGCCGAUCGGAGUCCGGGUCCAAGUCAGUCCAGUUUUGAACACGAAAGCAAUCGCAAUGUCCACGGAACGCUACGCCAGUCCAAAUCCGCCUAUUCCAUUGUUACUCGCUGGCGGCCUGCUCUUUCUGAUGCUAGCCCAGGUGAGCGGCUACUCGGGCCUGAUUCCACCGGAUGCUGAUAAUCCUGGUAGGUGCAUUUACCGCGGUGACGUCCUGGAGUUGGGGGUCAACAAUGGCAUCUCGCCCUGCCAGCGGCUGACAUGCUACAAGAAUAAUUCAAUACUUAUCGAGGGAUGCGGUAAACUGCGCAUCGAGAACUGCAACAAAGGCGAGCGCAUCCAGCCGGGCGAACCCUUCCCGGAGUGCUGCAAGCUGAGAUACAAGUGCAAGCAGAUCGGGGCGGCACCGUACUACAUCGAACGGAAUGCGGUGGAUGGGGUCUAGGAUGUGGAUUAGCCGGUAUUAGCCGGGAUUAACCGGGACUUGCAAACAGAAUUAGUCCCACCAAAGCCAAGGACGCCUUCAAUCUUUGUUUAGAUGCAACAUACAUAUAAUCAAGAAUUUGCUAAUUUAUUUGUCAUCUUGUAUUUCUCAAUAAGCACCAUGUUUUGUUUUUUUUUUUU